GCAGUGUUAUUAUCAUUUGCACAUCCUGGAAUGCACAGUUGGUACCAAGAUGUUUGCACAUGAUGUCCCUCAUUACAUAUUACACUUUGCAAUGUUGCUAAUGUUGAAAGUAUGUUAUUGUCUGUGAAGAUUGUAUCAUGCUGUAGUGCUGAAGUAACUUGACACUCCGCCACCAGUAAGGGGUAGUUUUGUAUCUGGUUACUCGGGGAAAUAUACAGAUAUUUCCUGUAGAUUAGUACUCUGUACGUUAGUGCCAUGCUUUGGCUUGUGUUGUUAUUCGUGGCGACGGUGCAGUCCCUGAAGCCGGUCAUACUGGUUCCAGGAGCUCUUGCCAGUAAAAUCGAGGCAAAGUUGAACAAGAGCGAACGAUCACACUUCUACUGCUCCAAAACCUCUGAUUGGUACACGUUAUGGUUAAAGUUGGACUCCAUAGUCGCACCAGCCGUCAACUGUUGGGCUGAUAACUUCAAGAUGGAGUUCAGUGACGGUGUGUUCUCCAACACACCAGGUGUAGAAACAAGAGUAGCAGGGUUUGGUGACACCCACACCCUAGACUAUGUUGACGACUGGAACUACAUUUCCUACUACAAAGACCUGGUGGAGGGGAUCAUGUCUCAGCCAGGAGCUGAAGAUGGGGUCUCUGUUAGGGCUGCUCCGUAUGACUUCAGAUAUAGCCCCCCCUCCAGUCAAUCUAAACUCUUCUUUCACAAAUUGAAGAUGUUGAUAGAGGACACGUAUAACUACAGUGGGAGCAAGGUAGUUCUAGUUUCACACAGUCUGGGAGGACUGACCACUUCCACAUUCCUUCACACAAUGUCACAGCAGUGGAAGGAUCAGUAUGUACACGCCUGGGUGUCCGCUGCUGGCGUGUUUGGAGGUGCUGUUAAGGAGGUGAAGGUUCUGGUUAGCCACGGUGUAGUUGAUCUACCAGACUUUGUAGUCAACAGACUAGUUCAACGAGAUGUGGCGAGGACUAUAAUGGGUAACUACUUCAUGUUACCCCGUUACCCGGUGUGGGGUAAGGACGAGGUGCUCGUACAGACACCCCGCACUAAUUACACUCUGGGAAACCUUGAACAGUUGUUUGCUGAUAUGGGCGUCACAGAUGGUGUAGAAAAGUGGAAGACAGUGCGGAAUGCUAGUUACACAGGAGAUCCCGGUGUACCAACACACUGCUUUAACGGGAAGGAUGUUCCUACCUCUGCCUCUUUCUAUUACAAGGACCAGAAAGAUUUCCCAGAUGUAGUACCGGAGACAGUGUCAGGAGACGGGGACGGUACCGUGCCAGCCAGAUCACUUCAGGUGUGUCACAAUUGGAACAGUACUGUAACAGUCACGGAGUACAGUGGAGCUGACGCGGGAGAGCAUGACAAGAUAGUGGGAAACAAGGAGUUUAUCAAGAGCAUUAUCGAGCUUAUCUCUUAAUACAAAUAUGGGACAUGUGGUGAUGUGCACAGUGAUUGAUGGCUGAUUUAUCGAUGAUUAUUUAUUGAAUUGGGUAUAAUUUAUUUAAUACUGAUUUAAUCGAAUUUCAAAAAAUCACUCA